GUCGAAUGAAUUCUUAUGUUUGGAAUGUCAUAUUCAAAUGUUUAGAAAUAAAUUAAAAUGAAUUCCAUAAUCGUAUUUAAAAUAUGUUCAAAUUUUUAUUAUAUUAAAAGUUUUCAACUACUUCUUUAUUAAUUUACUACUAUUGCUUAUUGAAGAUCACCAAAGGUUAGAGUUUUCCUUUGGCAUAUAGGGGAAGUAAUAUUCUUCCUACAAGUGGGAACCUUACUAGAAGACUAAAGGAAGCAAAUUACGAGUGCCCGUUCUGUGGACUUUGUGAAACACAGGAGCAUAUUCUUAGAGAUUGCGAUUGAGGAGGAAGAAUUAGGCAGUCUGCCUCACUCAGAACCCUAUUCUCACAAUGAGAGGAUAAAUCUAGCAAAGAAUGGCUCUAUGGACUAAUUAAGAAAGUGUUAGAUGAGGAGCUAUGUUCGGUGGUGAUGGCUUUGUGGUUUAUGUGGUAAGAACGCAACAAUCACUUGUUUAACAACCUUAAACUAGAGGAAAGGGAAGUACUUGAUAUAUCGUAGACUUACCUAGACGAGUACCGUAGUUGUAUGCAAGGAGAAACCCAUGUGAGAGGACCCCGUCAAAGGCGAGAUGGGAUAAACCAGAAAAGGGGAGUGCUGGAAGUCUAUGUCGAUGCAGCAAAAGUGAAAGAGGGAGGAACUGGAUUGGGGAUGGUGGUAACUGGUAAGAGAUGAAGAAGGUAGAUUUGUACGGGUGGCGGCAAAGAGAAUGAGGGUGGAUUGAGAGUCGGAGCUCCCGAAAGCUCAGACAAUGUCGUGGGAUCUCCGAUUGAUAAGCGUGCAUGGGAGGAAGCCAAUCCUUUUGGAAUCGGAUUGUCAAUCGUUGAUUCAUAAAUUGGAUUGGGAAAAAGUGAUAGAAACAAAGUAGGGGGUGGUUUUGGCUGUGAUUCGAGAGCUGAGGUCGGAGAAUGGUGAGACUUGCUGGAGAUUCUAGGGAAGGAAAUACAAUGAGGUUGCUCAUCAAAAGGCUAGGGUGAUUUGUAGGUGAGAAAGAAACGUAAAUUUGGAUAGAUAGACCUUAUGUUUUCAUCCUUGUCGUCUCCUUCCUCUAUCGUUACCUGACCGUUCAGAUUUUAUGAAUUUCGACUAGUAGUCAAGCGUCGAUAAUGUUUUAUGAGGACAGAGAGAGACGAGACUCACGGGAGAGAGAGGCAGGUGAAGGGCUGCAUUUUUAAUAAUUUCAUUCACUUCAAAUAAAUGGGACAAUUCUGUCAUUUGCCUCUCAUAAGUGCAAUAGUAAACCCUGACUUAACGGUAGACUAACAAAAUUUUGAAUGGAGGGUUACAUUUGAUAACAUCCUCACCGUACACGAGAAAAAUCGUUGUAAAAAAAUAAUAAAUAGGCAUGUUUGAGAACUUCGCAAAAUAGAGAAUCAAAAUAUACCUACAAUCCUAAACAAAAAGAAAUUCAAUCUUCUAAAAAUCGCAAAGUAUUAAAUUUAUCAAUUAUCAUCCAACCAAGAAAAAAUAGCGAAUUUUACUCACCUCUAACUUGCUCCGCAAUCCGAAACCAGCAUGGAAAAGAAAAACCGCCUUAGACUCAGGCACCGCCUCUUUUCCGGAGAACAAAAGCUGCCCAAAGAACGACGAUUACUUGCAUCUGAGAUUAGGGCAAUCAGUUCCCGUCAAUCCGUUUCUAUAAUUGGGUUCAUCACUGAAUCCCCUUUGAAUUCGAUUGCCCGAUUCACGCUCUCGAACCAGAAGCAAAGCAAGCAAGCAUGUGCGUCAUAGCAAACCAUCCCUUUCAAGAUCCACCGUCGCCGUCGUCGUCGGCGAUUCGUUGGAGUCGAGGGAAAUUGCUGGGAAAAGGAACCUACGGCAAGGUUUACAUCGGAAUUCCAAGAACCCCAAAUUCGCCUCUCAUGGCAGUGAAAUCUGCGCCGGAAUACAACGCCAAGUUUCUGAAAUUGGAGCACCGGAUUCUUGCCGAGUUCCGCCUCAACCCAGCAAUCAUACAGUGCUUCGGCGCUCAAAUAACCCAAGAGGACGGCGGACCCAGAAUCUACAACUUGUUGUUGGAAUACGCCCCUUGCGGCUCCCUCUCCGAUUUAAUCGCUAGGUACCGCCGCCGUCGCGGGAUUCCGGAGAGCGAAAUUAGGGUUUACACUCGAACGAUACUGGAGGCGCUGUCGUGCAUCCACUCCAGGGGAUACGCGCACUGCGACAUCAAGCCGGACAACAUUCUGGUGUUUCCCCCAUCGGAAGAAGCAGAAUCGGUGGGUCGGCUCAAGGUGGCGGACUUCGGGGCGGCGGUGGACUUGUCGGAGCAGAGCGGAGGAGCGGAGAAUCUGGGGAUUAGGGGGGCGGUACGGUACAUGGCGCCGGAGGUGGCGGUGGCGGGGAGGGUAACGACGGCGAUGGAUGUUUGGGCGCUGGGGUGCACGGUGGUGGAGAUGGUGACGGGGAAGCGGCCGUGGAAGGGUUUGGAGGAGGAGGACGUGAUGGCGCGAGUCGCCGAUGGCCGGCAUCCCAAGAUUCCGGUGGGGUUGUCGGCGGAAGCCCGGUGUUACAGCAGCAUGGAUCAGUAAGCAAAUAUUGUAACCAGGCGGCGCUGUGUCUAAAUCAUCGUGGUAUUGGCAGAGCAGCUGUUGCUUGGAGAAUAGGGGAAGAAACCCGCCAUUGACGUUGCUGCAAAAAGGUGCGAUUUUGAUUGAACUAGCUAAUUACUCCCUCAGCUGUUCAAUGUUUUCUUUGAAGUAUAGACUAAUUACUGUAUUGAUUGUGCUAAAAAACAGCAUAGCACAACUUGGCAGCUAGGUGAUUCUUUAGAUCUUAAGUUCUGAAUUCAAGUUUGGGAAUCAUGGUAUCUGUAAAAUCAGUGUUUGUACAACGGCUUAGAAAGAUUGUAAGAUGUGUGUUAGUGGAUGAUAGUUCUCUAAUUUGCAUUGCUGUGUUUCUUUCUUGAAAUUCUGAUUAAUUUCAAUAAGUUUUGCUAUGUUCAACAUGUUGUUCGAGUGAUGCGGUCUCGUUAAAGAACGCGACUGGUGGCCGAUUCUGGAGUUCAAGCUUGUGAAAUGAAGCUGGAACGACCAUCUUAGAGGUGACAACCAUCUGCACCACGAUUGUGGACCAAUCUGGGUUACUUACCAUGACCACAAUCACCAUUAUGGGCGUGACCAGGUAUUCAUAUCUGUUGUUAAGCGUUGUUUUCAGAGCAUACAACCAUUAAAUCAUGAUUUAAGGUUAAUUAGAGCAAUCAAAGCACGUAAAAUCAAGUGGAAACGAAUGUCAAAGACAAUGUUGGAACAACGAAGCAUGAAACGAUCUCACAAAUCAGAACAUAAAAUAAAAAUCUGGAC